AUGAUGUUAAUCACAAAAGGAUGGUUCCUCCUGCGCAAGUAUAUCCUGACAAUUCCGCGUUUCGACCUGUUCCUGCAAGGGGCGCUACUAAUCGUAGUGUUUCUGGAGAGCAAUGUCUACCUCCUUCUGAGGAGAAAUGCGGGUACCGGGUACCUGUCCUCAAUAAAUGAAGAUUGGGUUAAAUUGGGAGUUGGUGGUGCCGAGUUUUUUUUGGGUGCAAUGGUGGCGUGGUAUGGGCGAGGCAUGAGACACUUUACGCUGUCGGCUUGGCUUGGAGCCACAGCCAUUUCCGGACUGAUAGUUUUAGCCUUCCCUUAUCCUGAAUCUGGGCGACCUUCGGUAGAACUUUGCGGAGGUGGUGUGAUCUCCGCAUACUCCGAACAUCACCUGAAAAAUCAAUCCCCUGAAGAUAGCUUUCUGGUUCCAAGGACCGUGGUCCUCAUUAUCACAGCAGUUCUUUGUGCACUCACAAAGAUCAGCGUGUGGGCGCACGGGAUCACGUAUUUGGAUGACCACGAACCGGAGAGUGGACCAUAUUUUUAUGGUAUUCUAAUAUCAAUUCGCCUGUCACUCGGUCUGAGUGGUCAGAAUUGGUUGAGGAGUGGUUCAGUGAGAGAGGAUUGGUGGGAGGCACAUGUGUCCCUCUCGAUGCUGACUCUCAUGUUCUGUAUCCUGUUCACUCUCUUCCCGAGGAAAAUGGAGGGGUACAAGGAGUUCGAACCAAUUGAAUACAACUGUAUACUAAAACCGAUUGGUCGCAUGCUUCGCAAUAAACCGUUGAUGCUGCAGACGGUGGCGCUGUCGCUUCUCAACACGGCACUCUUCGGUUACGUCAACUUCGACACUGCCACUAUACAGUCGAAGUUCCACGUAGAAACUCUGCGUCAAGAUCCGCGCACGGCGCGCACUAUAAUGGACAUCUUCCGUUCUCUAGUUAUCAUUUUCUUCGUCUCGAUAUUUCGUAUGCGGUUUUCCGGGCGCCGCAGUGAUGGUGUUAAAUCAAACACUGCCUCUAAAGUUGGUGGUAUUACCUGUGUUUUGGUGACUGCCUUCUUCGCUGUACUCGCUGGCCUCAGCUGCGGCACCGGGGACAUCGCUGGCUUCAACGGGGAGUACUUGCAGCCAGGCUGCAGUGUUGGAUGCGAAUGUAAAUCGGAGACUUACGGGUUCAGCCCGGUGUGUAUAUUAAAUACUUCGACGACGUACUUCUCUCCGUGCCACGCGGGAUGCAGGGAAUAUGAAGACCUUAAUGGAUUUUUAUUGUUCGACAAUUGCGCUUGCGGCCCACAAAGAGCGGUUCGCGGAAGCUGCACCUUACCUUCGUGCUGGCUCGUCUACAACAUCUAUCUGGUCUUCUUCACGCUAGUGCUCGCUGCAACGGCGGCGUCGUUCCUCAUGCAAGGCAUGGCGAUUCUCCGCGCCGUGCCGCGCCGCGACAAGCCCAUCGCCAUCGGAGUCAGCUUCGCCAUAGUCGGCGCCUUGUCGCAUGUGCUUGGACAUUUUCUGUACAUGGUGAUCGGCUACCUGACGUGUACCUACGAAAGAGAUAGCAUAUGUCUGUUCCAUGACUUUUCAAUCUGGUCCGUCGGAGCGGUUAGUGCUGUACUCGCAAUAACCUCGGGUAUCGUCAGCAUAGUUGCCAGUAGAUAUCGACCAACUCCUGAACUUCUCAUCACUAGUCAUGAAUAUAGCUGAUAGUUAUUUAGUACAUAAAAUAUUAGUAUUAGCAGAAUAGGUUACUGUAGCACGGGUGUACUGACUGACAGAAGGAUUGUUUAUGAUAAAGCUACAGCCACACCUGUGUAAUCAAGUCGGGUAAGUUUAUCCUAGUUAACAACUUCAUUCUUCUACAUAUUUGAAUGAAUUGGGGAUCGUUAGAAUCCUUGCAUCAUCCUGAGUGAUAUUUAGGAAAAUCGUGUUUUUGUUAAUUAUUAUCAUAUUAAUAAAAUGUUUUAUUUAAAAAGUUCUACUACUCGCACAGGAAUGGUUGUAGGUUAAAAAGAGAUUCUGUGUCAUAUUUAUAUUGUUUAAAUAGAUCAUUUCAAUUAUUGAGAUGUUUAUAACGUUAAUAUCGUCUUUGUAAUACUCUUAUAGUACGGGAGGCAGGAUUAA